UAAACCUAAACCAAAAUGGGAAAGGAAAAGACUCACAUCAACAUCAUCGUCAUUGGACACAUAGAUUCCAGCAAGUCUACCACUACCGGACAUCUCCUCUACAAAUGUGGUGGGAUCGACAAAAGAACUAUUGAAAAAUAUGAGAAGGAGGCUGCUGAGAUGGGAAAGGGCUCCUUCAAGUAUGCCUGGGUCUUGGAUGAACUGAAAGCCGAACGUGAACGUGGUAUCACCAUUGAUAUCUCCUUGUGGAAAUUUGAGACCAGCAAGUACUAUGUGACCAUCAUUGAUGCCCCGGGACACAGAGACUUUAUCAAAAGUAUGAUUACAGGCAUAUCUCAGGCUGACUGUGCUGUCCUGAUUGUUGCUGCUGGUGUUGGUGAAUUUGAAGCCGUUAUCUCCAAGAAUGGGCAGACCCAUGAGCAUGCCCUUCUGGCUUAUACACUGGGUGUAAAACAACUCAUUGUUGGUGUUAACAAAAUGGAUUCUACUGAGCCACCCUACAGCCAGAAGAGAUACGAGGAAAUUGUUAAGGAAGUCAGCACCUACAUUAAGAAAAUUGGUUACAACCCUGACACAGUAGCAUUUGUGCCAAUUUCUGGUUGGAAUGGUGACAACAUGCUGGAGCCAAGUGCUAACAUGCCUUGGUUCAAAGGAUGGAAAGUCACCCGUAAAGAUGGCAAUGCCAGUGGAACCACACUGCUUGAAGCUCUGGAUUGCAUUCUGCCACCAACUCGUCCAACUGACAAGCCUUUCACCCUGAACAUGAACAGCCAGACAUACCUGCUUGAAACGGAAAACAGAUUCUUCUCUGGGGAUUAA